GGCGAUUUCAAGACGAUAACAAUGAGCUUUGAGCGGCAUUGACGAGACAGAUAUGUCUAUGACAUCAGGUACACCCCAGCCCCCUGAACCGGGGGCACCUGACGACAGUUUUAAUCAGGGGGUAAUGGUCGGAGGCCGAAGUGCUGCCACCUACUUUGAGCGGUUUGGACAUUACGAGUGCCAAGAACUGUUGGGAUGGCAACAGUCGCAUUGGAUGUUGUCAACAGAUGAGUUCAAACAUCCAACAGACCCACCUAUGGGAAUGAUCAGCCAACUGAAUCCUGGGAACUCCAACAGCUGUCUAGUUCUGAUACCGGCCGAGGAAUCCGAAACAUUACCACUUGAUUACAGAGAGGUACAUCAGAUUAUACAGGAACUGACUUUUGGGAUAUUUGUGCUGAACCAGACCCCAAAUAUUUGUCUGGAGGCGAACUAUGACCUCAGUACUUCCUGUCAGAUCCCGCCUGCUUACAUUGACACUCGGAUAGGUCAGAUACUGGUGAAUGUAGACUACAUGAUGAAAAGCCUUUGGCAUGGUGCUUAUUUUCCUAAAGAUAAAAGAACAAAGUUCUCAGAAAGUUGGCGAAGGAAUCUCGACAUUGAUCCGAACGGAAAGGUGGAGAGAAUGAAGCCACUUCUCCCCGAGUUCUCUGGUGCUGGCAUGCUGGAUAUUACCAAAGAUCCAGAUUAUGCAAAUGUAUAUGAUGACCUCCCCACGGAGCCUGUGAACGAUCCGGAAAUGAAUGAGGAACGCAAAUUCUUCAUGAGUUUUGUCGAAGAUUUAAGUAUGCAAAUGACAUUUUUUCAAAAUCAUGUGCAGCAAUACAAAGACAUGUACAUUUCUGAAGGCGAUUGGUUAGUGUCCAGUGUGGUCAAGGUUCUAGAUGACCGCAUCAACCAUAUCGGUUACGAGAGGAUCAACACGCGGCUUCAGAUGCACGAACAGAUUAUAAAGGAAAAGUUAGGAAAUAAAGCGGAGGUUCGCAGGAACCUGUAUAUGUUGAAACUCAUCAGUUUUCUCACACCGUUUCUUAUCGGAAUGAGGAAAAGAAUGAAAAUCCCAGACAUGAGUCGACUCCUACCAAAUUUAUCAAUUGGUGCUAACAACACUGCAGGUGAUGAAUGUCGAACAGAAAGAGAGUUACCUCCCUUGUUACUUGGCCCUGACUUCAAGUGCAAAAACUUCCACUUUGAGAAUAAAUUGUUUCAUUUACAUGGAGGUAUCCUGAUAGACCUGGAGACGGACCCUAUCGAGGAGGCUCCCAAGUCCUUCCAGGAUCUGUACCAGGAGAUGAUGUCAGAGUCCGAGGAUUACCUCAGUAAGAUCCUGGAAUUUGAGACACUCAAGGAACAGUACAAGAUCCCUACUCGUACCAUCAAUGGAAAGCUGUAUUAUGUUAUGAUGAUGGAGUUUGAAACGUUUUACCCACAAUCCCCUCAUAAACCUCUAUGGGUGCGCAGUUUCUUUGAGGAGGUAGGGCGACUUAAGAUCAAGAAGUUGCCAUUCCAAGACCAACAAUUGAUUGAGCAGUUCAAGAAAUACUUUGGUUACAAAAAGUCAAUCAAGUAUAAGACGCCCCUGAACGGUCUGAAGGCCGCCGCACAGAGAGGUCUGGUCAUCAUGUUUAUGACCCAGGUCAGGAAACUAGGCCAGGCUUCACGGUUGAGUAAACAGGACGAGCAGGGCCUCUCACUGCUCCACCAUGCUUCAAUGAACAACCGGCCUCAGAUCAUCACACACUUGCUGCUACAGUCCAUGGACAUCAAUGUCCGACGUAACAACAUCAUGUCGACAGAGGGCCAGGGGAAAGGGUCAUCGGAUGGCCUGCGUUCCUUCUUCCUUGAGAUUUGUCCGACCUCCCUCCAUGUGGCAGCCCGAUGCGGUGCCCUUGAUGCUCUCGCCUGUCUCCUUGCCAACUACGGCAACAUCCUGGCAACGGACCAAGAUGGCUGGGCUGCAAUUCAUCACGCUGCAUUCUUUGAUCAUGAACCAGCCAUUAAACUGAUGAUCAGGAAGAAUGUCGGACUUAUGGAACUAGUCACUAAAAAUGAUCUGAAGUCCACACCUCUUCUUCUGGCGGCAAGCUCCGGAGGUCUGGCGGCAGUGAAGUGUCUGAUACGUCUUGGUGCGGACAUCGUCAAACAUGACACGGAGAACAACAACCUUGUCACUCUUGCUGCUCUCAGAUUCCAUACAAACGUUCUGGAGCACCUGAUUGAGUGGGACCACAAAAGUGUUCCUGUAUGGAAGAUACUCGUCAAGAUGCUGAUAGAUCCUGAUAUCAAGAAAAAGGAUAGUGCGGUCAAGUGUCUGGAGGUGUUGUCAACGUCCAAACCAGAUCACUGGCAGGCCAUACUGGACGCAGAUGGCAUUCCAGCGCUGGUGAGCGUUCUCAAGAUUAACAAUGAGGAACUACAGUCAGUGGCAGCCUCGGUUAUCUGUAACAUCUCGGAACAGGAUCCCGUCCGUAUUGCCCUGACGAAGGCUGACGCCAUCCCGAUCAUCAUUCAGCUACUGGGGUCACCGCUAGAUGAGAUUCAGUCGAGGGCUGCACUAAUACUGUCAGAUAUUGCCUGUAUGGACGACAAUAAGGACUCCAUCUUUGAGAAGGAGGGCAUCGCUCCUCUGGUGAAUCUUCUCGACUCGGAGAUGGAGGAUGUGCUGGCCAACGCGGUCAAUGCGGUGCGCGUGAUGUGUUUGGCCAACAAGCGUAAUCAGGAUGCAGUUGCCGAGUGUGGGGGGAUACCACCACUUGUGGAAUUUCUGACCGUUAACUCAGAGAUCCUUCAGGCAGGCACAGCGGCGGCCAUAGCAGCCGUAACCGAGGGCAACAAGAGUAAUCAGGACACAGUGGUGAAUGAGGGCGCUGUCAAGCCCCUAGUAGAUCUGAUAAAGGGCCUGAAAAACGUCACCGUACAGGUAAAGGCUGCCAAUGCUAUCGAGGCCUUGUCAGAGAACAACCCACGCAGUCAGAAGGCGUUCCUUGAUCUCGAUGCUCCGAAGGCUCUGCUGAAACUCUUCAAGAAUUACCAUGUGGAGGUACGGGAACAAGGGGCAUGUACUCUUUGGUCACUGGCAGGAAACACAAAGACACAGCAGAAAUACAUUGCAGAAAGCACAACCAUCUCUAACAUAUGUGGCAUGCUGUACGACUCAACGGAGAAACUCCUACACGUUGGUUGUAUGAUGGCCAUUGCCCUGGGACGGGAGAACAUUGAGAACCAGAACAAGCUUGCCAAGACUGAUGCUUUCCAGCAACUCAUCCGUCUGCUCCGUAUCUAUGGCAAAAAUGAGGGAGUGGUGCUCAGGGUCAUCAAGGUGCUUGGAAUUCUCUGUGUUGGUGUUGCCUACUGCAAUAACAAAGUGUCUCAGAAAAGGAUUGCCGAGGAAAACGCCAUUCCUAUCCUGGUCGGUGUCCUCAACAACCCACUGUCAGAGAAAGUACAGGUAGAGGUCGCGACCUCCCUGGGGUGCAUCAUUUUGAGUAACUCGGAGAACCAGGAGAAGUUACAAGAUUGUGAAAACUUUAAGUUUGACAUGCUGCUGGACCUGCUCAAGUCAAAAAAUGAGGAGAUUCGACUAAGGGCCGGAAUGGCUCUGACAAUAUUUGCCUUUAACAACACUCCGAAGCAGUUUGCAAUCCGAGAAGCUGGCGGCAUCAAGUACUCGGUGUUUGAACCGUUUAUCAAUUCUACCGACCCCUACUUCGUCUGUUAUGCAGCAUUCCAGAUCACUGUGCUGGCUCGGGUCAUUGUUGACCAGGACCAGGUGAACUUGACCGCCCGAGGUGUCACCAUGCUCGUGGAGAAGCUGAACCACGAGGAUGAUAAUGUGAUCGUAUUGGCUGCGAGCCUUCUCUCUAGUCUUGCCCACACUAGGGCAGGCAUCCCGGAUGCCAUGGUAACCACAGGCGCCAUUGAACAUCUAGUUGAACAACUUGAUUCUAACAAUGACCAGGUGCGGAGUGCUGUGGCUGUUGCCAUGGGGUACAUGACGUUCAAUAGAACAGCGGCCCGAUUGUUGUUCAGUGCCUGCAGGAACACACCUGGUCUGUACAAAAGUUUGGUGGACAAUAUAGGCAAAAAUGCUAAGAUUAGUUCCGAAUUUGUGGAGGAUUUCCAGCGGGCAAAGAUUGUCGGACUUCCAUCGCAGUGUUUGGAGAUCAAUGGUGGUCCUCCAGUGACUCCCCUGCCUAGAAUAGGGACAGCACACAGUCGAAUGUCUAGUCGAGCCAAGUCUGCCCCAAGUUCCGGUCGUAAGAAGUCGGCAUUCCUAAAUGUUGUAAUCGGAAGCGACAGCCGUCCGUCCACGCGCUCACGACCUAUAUCUGGCGUCUCGUCAGUGAAAACCAACAAAUCACGGAAAGAAACCCCUUCACCAGACGGAGGAUUCAAAACGAGGCUCUCGUCAUGGAACAAAAAGUGACAGAUUGAAGGAGAUAGGAAACAUGACCUUUAACAUUUGUCGUUAUUUAGAUGAUAAAAACAUUGAGACCUGCGUGGUCCUAUAGAUAUAUCACUACAUAUGCUGAAGGUUACAGUUAUUUAGACGAUAGAGAGCGGAUUCCAAGAAGACUCAUAUUUAUAGGAUAUAAAAAUUAAUGUCUGUUUCAAAGAACAAUCUGUUCUGAGUCAAGUGUAACAAUGUUAGAUGAUUAUAACUUCCUACUUAAUCAUUGUAUCAUGAAAUUGCAAAAUUAAUGAUUUUAUGUUGUAUAUAACUUCUUAAAAUUCCAGUUUCUGUCUAAACAUAUUAAUGUUUACCGUAUUUAUCCUGCAAUAAGCCCAGGUGGUCAAUCAAAAAUCUCUGACUUAAGAUAUGGGGAUGGGCAUGUAAAAAGAUCACAUUUUUUUUUUUAAUUGGAUUAGGCUUGGAUAGGCUUUUAUUAUCAGGUAUGGGUUUAUUGUCAGUUAAAUGCGGUAUAUGAUGUCAGCAUUUUCUCUCGAAGGAAUUUCAUAAUCAGAUAUACCAAUAUUUUUUUAUAAGUAAUUUUAUGAAUUUUUAUUGAACUUUUAUAAUCUCCGGAUAAAAAUGUUUCAAGGUAAUUAUGUGAAUAUCAUUCUUGUGAAAAUUCUUUACAUGACCAGACCAGCUGUGAUAUUAAAUGAUAUGUUGUUCAAAUUUAUUAAAGUUACAGUCAAUAAGGGUACAACUUGUUACCAAUAUGUAUUAUAUAUAUAAUACCUCCAUGAAUUAUAAUAUUUGCAUUGUCACCUGCUAUAACUCUAUAACAUGCCUUAUAUAUGUUCGGUGACUAUCAUUGGUAUACACAUCUUCAAGAUAAGUUUUACAUGUUGUCAAGGUUACCAAUUGGCUAUAAACUUUACUUUUAGCUUCUCUCCCAAUAAUUUGCAUUAUUGCAUCUGUAAUAACUAUGAGGAUAGGCCUGGCCUAUAGGAUAUGUAGCCUAUGUGGGAUUAGUGCAAGACUGUAGGACAUAUCAUAAGAGAGUACUUUUCUCUCGUUCCAAACACCAGAAUAUGUUAAGAAACGAUGAAAAUGCAUUUGGACUGGAUACCAUAUUGAAAAGUUGACUUUUCCCCUGAGCUUUUUUUACUGUCAGCAUGAUUUAGCAUACCUCAUAUUUGCAAACAUAGUUUACACAGAAAAAAAUAAUCUCAUCUUUUUAACUUUUAUAUUCAAAAUAUUGUAAGAUGUUGUAUUUUCAUCACAUCGCCUUUGCCACAUAUGCAUUGCGGCAUCAGACUUUUCCAAAUUUGCGGCGUCAUGUUAUUCUUGAGCAAUUGUGACGUCACGUCAUGUGAAACGGGGUAUCAUAUACAAUUUCUUACCCUGGACAGCUCUAUCUUACACACUCAGAAAUGAGAGAAAUAGAUAUGCUAUAUGUCACAGUUGCUACAAUCUAUAGAGCUUAAAGUGACUGACACAGAUAGAGGUAAUUUCCCUUUUAACUCAAUAUCAGAGCACAGUAUAUGCAUGUUCAGUUUGUUUUGGUAAACCCACAUCAGGUCGGACUCCAAAACAGAUUAUAAACCUACAAUGUACAGACAUACAUACGUACCUAAUAUUUCUGUGAUAGUUCUAGAUCUGAUUCAUAUGUGGAGUUCAGCUUUGACAGAAUUUUAUUUUUUGGGGGGAUAUAUUUCUUUUGUCAAUUUCACUUUUAUAGACUGCUGUGAUAGCCAUAGGUUUACCUAUAAUAUUGUAGUAGUUACGUUUUUUAUGUUAAAUUUGUAAUAUGAACUACUUCCUGUUUUUAGUGGUUGCCGUUUGUUGAUUAGUUCCUGUGUAUGAACCACUUCCUGUUUUAAGUAGGUCCCGUAUGUUGAUUUAUUCCUGUGUAUGAACCACUUCCUGUUUUCAGUGGGUGCAUGCUGUUUGUUGAUUAGUGCCUGUGUAUGAACCACUUACUGUUUUCAGUGGGUGCCGUUUGUUCAUUAGUUCCUGUGUAUGAACCACUUCCUGUUUUCAGUGGUUGCCGUUUGUUGAUUAGUUCCUGUGUAUGAACCACUUCCUGUUUUAAGUAGGUCCCGUAUGUUGAUUUAUUCCUGUGUAUGAACCACUUCCUGUUUUCAGUGGGUGCAUGCUGUUUGUUGAUUAGUGCCUGUGUAAUGAACCACUUCCUGUUUAGAGCAAAGCUGUUUGUGAACCAUUUCCUUUUUAAAGUUGGGUGCUGUAUGUGAAAAGGCUUUUUGUUAAUGCUGUAUGUAAUGUCAACUACACUAAAUCCUUGUUAUACUGGCACCAUUUGUCCUGAGAAAAAUUUGGCAUUAUAAAGGGGUCUGGCGAUAAAUCGAGGCAAAAGUAUAAAGCAAUUCUUAGGAAAAUGAGAAAAAGGGAUAUUGAAAUAUGUUGACGGUAAACGAGGUGGCAGUAAACGUGGGGUAUUAUAUCGAGGGUUUAGUGUAUAUUUUUUGUUUAUAUACUGUAAGUCAGCUUCUUAUUUCUGUUCUGUCAAUAAGGUAUAUGGUUUGAUUUUGUUUGAUUUUGUUAAACACCAUGUGUGCCGGAGGCAGGUAUGUUGGUGUUUGAAACUAACAGAAAGCUACCUAGUUAAAACACAUUGUUGACUCAGAUUUGAAUUGUGUUAUGCUUAUUUAACUUUGCUGGUCUUCUCUACUGAACAUGUUCAGUUGUUGUAUUUUCUCUUUGCUUUGCCUGUACAGUAUAUUCACUGCCUAAAUGAUAAAUGGAUGCAUGUUUAACCCUUUCAUCCCUAUGUAACUUUAGUAGACUACCAUGCAUUGAUCUAGAUGCAUGAGCCCAAUUAUGGUCUACAGUGGUGAAAGUGUUAAGAAGUUAGAGGUAGGAAAGAGGUAUCACCUGUUCAUAUAGACAACUGUUCUACAGUCUUCUCCAUAACCAGCUACUCAAUGUUUUAUAUUACAAAUGAUAUGCUGUUUUUGGUUAAACAUUUAACUUAUUCACCCCUGAAAUUUCAUAAUGAACUAUUCCAACCAUUGAAUUGGAAGAGUUCAAAUGUGUCUUCAGGGGUCUAUCAUGGUCUCUGUGCUAAUUUUCCUUUAUACAAUGAUAUUUGAUAUACAGUCAUAUAUAUUUAAAUCACCUAUUAUUUGUUUUUGUUGUAUGAUGCCCCUCCAUAAAACCUUGUCAUUAUGGCAUAAUUGUUUUUAAAAUAAGUUGCCUUAAAUUUGCCAUUUGUCAUUACAUACUACACUGUAUAGUGUAUCAGCUAUAUGUCAUACAUUUCUUAUAAAUAUAAACUUUAUUUAUUUAACAACAAUUAUGAAACAAGUUUUUACAACUUAUACCAAUCACUCUUG